AUGCAAGGUAAUGAUUAACAAGGCGAACAUUUGUGAACAUGCUCGAUUUCGGUCCGUAUUUAAUUAUUCCGUUUUGAAGAAACAAUAUUCAAAUUUUCGCGUAGUAGCACUAGACUUUUAGAUACUUUCAGGAUUAGCAAACAACUAUCUAUACCAAGGGUCGUUUGGAAACGCUACGAAUAACGCACGCAAACAACGAUAUUGCCGAUUAAGCAUUCAGGUAAUCUACGAGCAGAUAUCUAUGAACAGAAUAACUUUCAGACAUGGGUGUACAUUCAUUCUGCUAUCAGUACUUUAACAUCCUUAUUGGGAGUUUUUGUGGGCAUAAUGUUUCUUGCCAAAACAGAAUUGUACGAGCAACUUUUUCUCUACCGGCUCGCUCUAGCAGUUUGAUAAUAAUCAGCCGAUCAAUUAGGUGCUCUUUUUUCAGUACCUCGGUCGAGCUUAUCAUAGCGGAUACUGUGCAAUUUAUCGUGUUUUUUUUUGCGUUUGGAUCGCCAUCCAUGCUCUGCACUUGGUUUCCAUAUGUUCCACAAUAGUAGCUGUUCAGGCAAGUACUCCCAGACUGUAGGUUCAGCCGGUUGCGCGAGUUUUGAGUUUUCAAAUGAGCCGGGCGUUCGGAUUCUUGGAAAAUUUCUACUGACAAUAGAAUAUUUUUCAGAAGUCGGAUCUUAAGCUACUGAAACCGCAGCUUGUUGUGCUCGUAAUUCAGAUUGGUUUUUUUAUUAUGGGCAUCUCCAGCCUUAUAGUGUUUACUUUAACAGGAAACAAGAUCCCGUGGUUGACGCUGAUAGCCUUACUAUUAUAUUCUUCAGUCGCAAUGUACUCUCCUCUACAUCAUCAUCGUUAUGCAUUUGAUAAUUACAGAUCAAACUUAAAUCUCAUCGCGUUGUUGCAUAAGUUUCUCGAUGAGAAAAUGUCUAUCAUCAACGAUAUUCUGAGCUAUCAAGCCAAGACAGUUCACUUUAAAGAUGUUUCCGCUAUUGAAUAA